UUUGCUUGCGUCACACGUGUGCAUCGUAAACACAAAGCCGAAAAUGUCAAUCCCAAAAAUUCCGGAGUGGAUUACUGAGCAAAGGUUUUAUUGCUUGCUUAAGCAGAAUUGUAAAGAGUUUGAAACAAUAAACCGGUUUCAGUGUAAGCCGGCAGUCAGUUGCGGUGAAAACUAUCUUACUAUAGUUUUACGAAUUCUCCUUGAAAUACAACUCAAAGAUAUUGGAAAAAAGGAGACAAGCUAUAUAUUGAAAAUACCGCUGAUUAAUGAUCGAGGGAACGGGCAUGACUUUCACGAUUUAUUUGUCACAGAGGCAGAUAUGUAUGAUCGCCUAGUACCGGAGCUAGAAGCGCUCUAUGCCAAGUAUACACAGUUUUCUGUGAAAUUUAAGCCAGAUCAUCUAAGAUUCUUAGAGCCUGCACCAAACUGUGACUACAUAUUGAUGGAAGAUCUGCGUUCAAAGGGCUUUAAGAAUAUUGAGCGUGCGGUGGGAUUGGACCAGAAAUCAAUGGAAGCUGUACUUAUGAAAUUGGCACAGUGGCAUGCCGCUUCCGCUCAAAGAGUAUCUGAGAUGGGGGACUACGAAGAAAAAUACCAGAAAAGUUACUUUUCUCCUGAGCACGUUAAAUGGAUAGAGCAUGCAAAUAUGACAUUUAAUAUGCCAUUUUUAGAGUGCAUGCAGCAAUAUAAGUUGGAUCCAAAACAGCAAUUACUGAUUACAAAAUACACGGCUCGCAUGACAGAUAUGUAUAUGAAUUUUGGUCGCAUUAAUCAGAAUCAAUUUUGUGUCUUAAAUCAUGGAGACUUCUGGUGUAACAAUUUUCUCUUGAAAUUUAAUGAAAAUGAAAUCGAAGAUGUUUGUUUUGUUGACUUUCAAUUGCCCAAAUAUGGUACGCCAGCUCAAGACCUUUUCGGACUGCUGAUGACAACACCAAACCUUCACAUAAAACUGAGUAAAUUUGACUAUUUUGUCGAAUAUUAUCAUCAAAAGCUAGUAAUGUGUCUAAAAGCUCUUAAGUAUAAUGGAAAAAUUCCCAGUUUGUCGGAAUUACAAUCGAAUCUACGUAUAAAUGGACUGUGGGCAUUUGUUUGUGCACAACGAAUGCUCCCUGUUGCGCUAUAUCCUUCUUGCGACGCUUCCAAUGUGGAAAACUUUAUGGGAGAUUCAGAAAUAGCAAUGGAUUUUAAACGUAAAAUGCUCUUGUAUCCUAGUUAUGUUAAGCAAAUUAAUUUGAUUUUACCUUGGCUCAUUGAUAAAAAACUUAUUAAUUAACAUAUGGAAACAAAG